UCGAUUCAAUAAGAAUCAUAACACUAUUUUAUAAACAGGGGAUGCGUUAAACUUAUUUUGUUACAUUCAGUAAGUGACAAUUAGAUAAUGUUAGUGUUCGUCUGGUUUCUUUAUUUUGAAGUAUUUUUAUUUAGAACGUGAGUUGGAUUUUUGUACCACCAAUAAAAUUAGAAGAAUACAGUGAAACGAUGGAGUCCGAUAUUCUAAAUUGGGGUAACAAAGAAGUGGAAGAAUUAUUACAUAAAGAGAAUAUUUCCAGCUGUUUAAUAGAAAUAUGUAAAACGCACGAUAUAGACGGACCGUGCCUGCUAUCGUUUGUUGAUCGCGAUUUCCAUACGCAUCCUUUCGAUCAAUUGAAACUUGGUGAAAGAAAAAGAUUUAUUUUACUCGUGAAGAAACUACAAAGACACAAUCGCUCCGCUAUGAUGGAGCUCGGUCUAUGUGAUGACCUAAUAAAUCCAGCUACUAACAUUAAUUUUCUUGGCACUAAUUUGUCACAUUUAAGUUAUGAUCUCCACAAUAAAAUUCCAAAUGAAUUAUCAUUUGCUGGGAAUACCGAAUGUGUAUCAAGCUAUCCUCCCGCUGACAUAAAGGCUUCCAAGUUAAGGCCAGAGGUUUGGAAGACAGCUAUAGCUUUGGGUUAUGUCUUCCUAGUGACUUGGGUAACUGCAGUUGUGAUGGUUAUAGUACAUGAUAAGGUGCCGGACAUGAAGAAAUACCCUCCCCUGCCAGAUUUGUUUUUGGAUAAUGUACCGCACAUUCCAUGGGCUUUUGACAUGUGCGAGAUUACAGGCUCCUUACUUAUGGCAAUAUGGUUGAUAGUGCUAUUUUUCCAUAAACACAGAUUUAUAAUAUUAAGGAGAUUCUUCGCGCUCGCCGGGACGGUAUUCCUGCUGCGUUGCUUCACGAUGCUGAUCACUUCGCUCUCGGUUCCCGGAUCGCAUCUCAAGUGCGAACCUCGUUCGUAUCCACCAGCCGACGAGAUGACAGUGUGGGGCAGACGACUGGCACAAGCCUAUGACAUAUGGAGCGGAGCCGGCAUGUCUGUCAGGGGGGUCAGGACCUGCGGAGACUACAUGUUCUCGGGACAUACAGUCGCUUUAACGCUGUUGAAUUUCUUCAUCACUGAAUACACAUCGCGAAGCCUGUACCUCCUCCACAUCCUGACGUGGGUCAUGAACAUGUUCGGUAUAUUCUUCAUCUUGGCCGCCCACGAGCAUUAUUCCAUCGACGUGUUCAUCGCGUUCUACAUAACCUCGCGUUUGUUCCUGUAUUACCACACGCUGUCGAACAACCAGGCGCUUAUGCAGAGCGAUUCUUCCAGAACCAGAAUAUGGUUUCCACUGUUAUCGUUCUUCGAGUCCGAAGUGGACGGUAUCGUUCCCAAUGAAUAUGAGGGACCGGUGACCAUAAUGCAGAACUUGAAGCAGUGGUGCGUGCAGAUGGUGGCCGAUGUCAAAGAGUCCUCUGUGGCCAAGAUCGCCGGCUCGAAACUGCAGGAGGGCGCCGCUAUGGGGGAGUACUCCGUCGUCAGGAUCGUCGACGGCAUCAAGAGGAACCUGAGCCUCGUCGAAGAGUUCAAAAACUCCCGGCCGCGACUGGUCACGCUCGACAAGAACAUACAGGCUUGUUUACUGGACGAGUGCUCUGACCACGAAUUACGUCACAGAAACAUUGAACUUCCAAAGGAUUCGCUCCGAAAAGAAUUCGGCGAUCCACCGUCGCCAAUUUUGAAAAAAAGUAUAUGAAAUACGUUUUAUAUGUAAUUAUUAGUUUUAUUUAUUUAUUGUGUCGUCGUUUGUUCUAUGAAUUAGAUACCUGAAUGUUUUACAUUUCCAUUAUAGAUUUUAUAUCAUGUUAUUCCAUAUUUAUUUUAAUAAUGUUUUAAGCUAAACGUAGGUUUCAAUUUUUAAGACUAUUUAUUUGCUCAAAAUGUAAUUUUGAAUAAAAUAGAGU